CGCACAGGUAUUUAAUCACGGGACUAGACGGAAGGUCGAAAGAACAGGGAGGCCAUGUUGGAUUUUCAGUAAAGUGUUUGUGUGAUCCCGGCGUCAGAAAUGCAUCCCCGGCGCAGUGCUCAGGAAGUCCUACUGUGUAACCUCUGUGGAACUGUCCCCCUACAGAGUCGUUGUGAAGUUUGUAAUAUAAAUCUAUGUAAGGCCUGUGUUGGGGAGCACCUCUCCGAUUCCUCUAAACAACACAAUGUCAUGCCCUAUUUACAAAGAAAGUCUACUCCUAACUACCCGAAAUGUCCGAAACACGCCAAUGAACACUGUAAACAUCACUGUGAUAAAUGUGACAUUCCUGUCUGUAUUACUUGGGUCUCCUCCGGUAAACACAAAGGUCACAAGUUAUCAGAAAUUCUGGAAAAACUCAACUCCAAAACACAAAGGUUGCAAAAAGAUUUAGAGGAACUCGAGACGAGAAUUUAUCCCAGAUAUGAAGAAAUGGUGUCCGAUGUCCAAACUGAAAAAGCCGAUAUAGAAACAAACUACGGGAAAUUGACCACAACUGCCGAACAAGAAGGUGAAAUCUUACACCGGGAGAUCACCGCCAUUGUCAACCAACGGAAAUCUGUCAUCCAGGAGAUGAAAAAUAAACACCUAUCUACCCUGAAUAAAAGUACAGAAGAAAUCACACAGAAAAUUACUGAACUCAAACAAAUCAUGUCCGACUUAAAAUCAAUCCUAAAAUCAAAUGACGUCUCCCUAGCUUCUACUUACAAAUCUAGGAAUUCCGAAUUUAGAACAUUACCGCCUAAAGUCCGAGCUACAUUGCCGCAUUUUACUCCUCAGAAAAUAAACACAGACCAGCUCCGGGAAAUGUUUGGUUCUCUGUCGCCAUUAUCCAUUAACACAGAACAUGGCGACACAAUUAAGUCAGCAGAAGCUCUAUCGUCUCCUCCAGUCAAACCACUGCUUGAUGGCCCGCGCCUCACCGCCACAAUAAACACUGGGUAUGAAUGCGGACUAUACAGUGUUAGCUGUCUGAGUGAAGAUCAAGUCUGGACACGCGGGGGUAACGAAACCAUGAAGCUCCUCAAUCUCAAGAGUAAAGUACUGACAUCAAUACAAACCAAGUCAGGAAACUGGCCAGAGGACAUAGCAGUGACACAGGACGGCGAUCUUGUUUAUACUGACUAUAGUAAUCAAACUGUUAACUUAAUUAAGAAUAAAAAGAUACAGACCGUGAUCUCACUACACGGGUGGUUACCUCGCAAUGUCUGCUGUACCGCGUGUAACGAUCUCCUGGUUACCAUGGUCAGUGAUGAUAGAAAACAAUCCAAAGUCGUGCGUUACUCCGGCUCCACACAGAAACAAAGCAUUCAGUUUGAUGAUCAGGGUCGUCCUCUUUAUUCAUCUGGUGGUUACACUAAAUACAUCAGUGAGAACAAGAACCUGGAUAUCUGUGUGGCUGACCUGUCAGCUGGUGCAGUAGUGGUGGUCAAUCAGUCAGGAAAACUCCGAUUUAGAUACACUGGCCAUCCCUCUAAUACCGAGCAAUCAUUUAAACCAGCCGACAUCACUACAGACAGUCAGAGUCACAUCCUGACAGCAGACUAUAACAAUGACCGUAUCCACAUCCUAGAUCUGGACGGACAGUUCCUCCGUUACAUUCACUGUGAUUUAGACACUCCAUACGGUUUAUGUGUGGACAUCAGAGACAACCUCUUUGUGGCUGAGUGUAACACUGCUAAAGUGAAGAAAAUCCAAUAUCUAUAAACACAGUGUUGAUUACCCAGCUCUACAGUGUUAAUUACAUCUAUCAAAGCGGUGUUAAUUACAUAUUUCUGCAGCGCUAUUUACAUUAGUGUGUUCAUUACAACUGCUUGUUAACUACAGUUCCUUGUUAAUUACAUAUCAUUGUUAAUUACAGCCAUGUGUUAAUUACAGCCCUGUGUACAUUACAGCCUUGUGUUCAUUACAGCCCUCUGAUUUAUGAUGUGUAAUGUACAUGUGUUUGUGAGUUUAACUGAUAAAACAUUAGUCUCUCAGUGCUGUUUACUAAUUAUAUCUUAUCUGUAUCAUUAUGUUUAGUGGAACAGUAUUAAUUUUAGUACAUUAAUUACUAUUUUGACCAUGUUACUAGUUAUCUUUAUACAAUGUUUUGUGGACUAAUUUGACGGUGUUACUAGUUAUCUAUAUACAAUCUUUUGUGAACUAAUUUGACUGUGUUACAAUUUAUCUUUAUACAAUCUUUUGUGGACUAAUUUGACUGUGUUACUAGUUAUCUAUCUCUAUAAAAUCUUUUGUGGACUAAUUUGGCUGUGUUACUAAUUAUCUAUAUACAAUCUUGAUUGGACUAAUUUGGCUGUGUUACUAGUUAUCUAUAUGCAAUCUUUUGUGGACUAAUUUGACUGUGUUACUAAUUAUCUAUAUACAAUCUUGAUUGGACUAAUUUGGUUGUGUUACUAGUUAUCUAUAUGCAAUCUUUUGUGGACUAAUUUGACUUUGUUACUAAUUAUCUAUAUGUAAUCUUUAGUGGACUAAUUUGACUGUGUUACUAAUUAUCUAUAUACUAUGUUGUGUGGACUAGUUUGACGGUGUUACUAAUUAUCCAUAUCCAAUCUUUAGUGGACUAAUUUGACUGUGUUACUAGUACUUGAAUAUUAUUUGGUCUGUUUAUCUUAUCUGUCAAUAUGCAUAUAUGUUUUCAAUGUGUAUAUUAGAUAAACAU